AUGGCGCAACUAUACAAAAUUGCCGUAGUCGGCGCAGGUGGUAAUCUCGGAAAGUUCAUUGUCGAGGCCUUGUUAAGCGAAAACUUUUCCGUCACAGCCAUCAGUCGAUCGGACUCAUCAACAACGUUCGCCUCCGACGUCCAGGUUAAGAAGGUUGACUUCAAGUCGGAGGAAUCACUCACAGAAGCACUCACGGGUCACGAUGCGCUGGUAUGUGUUAUUGGUACCAUGGCGACCGGUGAGCAGAUGAGGCUCGUCGAUGCCGCUGUGGCAGCCAAGAUCAAACGGUUCAUCCCGUCUGAGUACGGGUUGAACACGCGCACCGUCGGGGCAUCGACCAAGUUGGGAAAGAUGUUGAGCACGAAGAUCGAGACAGUUGACUACUUGAUCGCUAAGGCGGGAGAGUUUGACUGGUUCUCUUGGACAGGACUUGGCAACAAUUUGUUUUUUGACUGGUCCAUGAAAGCCAGCCUGCUUGGCAUUGAUCUCGUGGCAAAGAAGGCCACCAUUGUUGACUCCGGAGACGAACCCUUCUCAACAACAAACCUGGCCCUGAUCGGCCAAGCCGUUGCUGGCAUCUUGAAGAAGCCUGAAGAGACUGCAAACAAGUACCUCAUGAUCUCCUCUUUUACUACGACACAGAAUGAAAUCCUGAAGGUCGCAGAGGACAUUUCUGGUAUUAAAUUCGAAACCAAACAUAUCACUGCAGCUGAAGCAGAGAAGUCAGCCGACGAAAAUCUGUCGUCUGGAAAGGCAUACGAUGCAUUUUGGGACUUUGUGCGCCAGUAUCAAUUUGCGAACGGUGCCGGUCAUGCUUUGAAGGAGGAAGAGAGCGCGAAUGCAUUGUUGGGUCUGAAACAUGGCGACUUGGUUGAAAGCAUGCGAGUCAUCCUCGCUGAUGUCCGAGGCUAA